AUGGAAAAAGAUGUGCCUCUGACCGUCGAAACAGUACGGCAUGUCGGCGCUGCCAUUACAAAUUCUGUACCAGGUGACGGACGGCUUCCUCGCUGUGGUCGAUGUGUCCGGGCCGGGCGUGACUGCGUGCGCGAGCCGCCCCGCCAGUUCUACAAGGCUUCUCGCCAUGGGGUCGAGCGCUCGUUCUCGUCUAGCCAAACGUGGCUCCCUCUGCCUGCGAAGGGAGUGGUUAAUUUCGUCAACGUCGCAGAGUCGUCUGGUGCCGGGUCCAGCGCUGAUUCUGCCCGUGCUGACCGAGGAGGAAAGAAUGCGCAUAUGAACACGACUGCAGCUCCGACAUUCUUUGGCAAGAAAGCCACCUGGUCGACUCCAGUUGGGGAGAACCCGGCGUCAUCUUCCCCGCCUUCUCUUUCCGCUUCGCUAUCCCAAACCCCGGUAUCUACUUCCCGAGCUCAGACCGAACCUGCUUCGCGUGACGUGCCUCUGCACCCAUUUGGAGGCAAUGUGCAAUCUGGGUUUCAGACAGCUCACUCCAUCCGGGAAGAUGUAACCAUUAUAGAUGCUGGUACCCAUCUGCCGAACCCCGUGAGGCGCAUUUACCUGGAUCCGCCAACCUGGCCAUUGCAAGACCCCGAAGAGGCGACUCUCCUACAACACUUUAUCAACCAGGUAUCAUUAUUUUUCGACUUCUGUGACAAGGAGCGCCACUUCGCAACCGUCGUGCCCCAGCGCGUCCGCACAUGCAGUACUCUCCUGAGCGCCGUCUUCGCCCUGUCCGCGCGCCAUCUCAGCCGCAUCAGCACCUUCGAUCCCACAGUCGCGGACCGGCACUAUAAUGACUGUCUGCGGACUCUGAUACCCGCACUCAACGACGGACCGUCCGUCUUCGACGAGACGCUCCUCAUUAUCGUAGUGAUUCUACGGCUCCUGGAAGAGAUAGACGUGCCUGUCAUGGGAGCAGACCCGCAGGGUCAUCUUCUCGGCGCCCAGUCACUGGCCCGCGCGCAGGAGCGCGUUGGCAUGGACUCGGGGCUGCGCCAGGCAGCGUACUGGGCCUGUCUUCGACAGGAGAUUUACAUGUCACUAAGAGACCACCGAUCUAUCCGUCUGGACCUGCAGCUCUUUCGCAAGAUGCAGGCCGUCCAGCCAGGCGACAGGUAUUCCCUAGCCUGUUCAGCGACCCUCCACUGCGCAGAGGCAAUUCUGUUCGCAUACGGAGACGGCCCACGAUCACUGCAUUAUGAUCUUCUCGAGUCAAACCGUCGAGCUUCAGACAGUGUCCCGCAGCCUUUUUUUUGUAGAGACGGAUGUAGCGAUUUUCCAGAUAUUCGCUAUGCCACUGAAGACCAGAUCAUAGCGGCGCAGUUCUUCUCUCUCGCCAGAAUUGUGCUCGAUAGGAACGACCCGGCGCAUCGCAUGGCGAUGCAGGACGUAAGGAAAAAGGCGCGACAGCGCGUCUGGUUCAUGUGUGGUGUGGGAUUGUCGAACCCCUCGAGCCCUGCGGCCAUCUUGAUUGCCUGCAUGGCGAUUGCUUUGUGUGGAGACUGUUUUGAUGACCACAAGGAUCGGGAGCGGCUGUGCUUUUUGCUGGAGUUUACAGAGGAUAAGCGAGGGUGGCCUACGGCGCCUAUUGCGAAAACACUGAAGCAGGUUUGGAACGGUGCUGGUUGA